AUGUUAACAUUCAAUAACUCAAAACUCGAAAUCAAUAAUCAAAUCAAAUUGAGGCUGCCCGCGAGAAACGACAAGAUGAAAAAAGCUUCGCCGACUGGUUCGCAAAUUGCACUGGCAAUCUCGAUAAUGCUGCUGCAGACCAGCUAUGUGCUGGGUCAGGGGGUGAGUUGUCCGGCAUGUAUUCAGGCGGACAUCAGUGGUCUGAGGGGGAGUGAGGACUGUGGGGUGAAGAUGCAGGCGGCUGUUGCUUUGGGGGCAACCUAUGGCCUCCAGAUCGAUGGCAGUCAGUGCAACUUGCUCGCCCCUCCUUCUGCGUCUUGUCCGGAGGAGAGUAACACCCACUGUAUCUACCUGAAGACCUGUGCCAUCAUCAAUGAAAGUGACACUUCAUUUGGGGGCAUCUACGGCUCCUUCUGCGUACACGUACAAACGUGCCUGCGUACACUUCUGCAGGCCGUAGAGAACCCCCUAGUCUCGCUGUUUUCGGACAGCGUUAUUUGUGGGAUGAUUGACAAUAACCGCGGCUGUGGGGACAUUAAUGACCUUUGGACUGCCGAGGGUAUGACAGCAUCCGGCUGCACUAUGGACUGCUGCCAGGCAUCUGGGAACGACGACACCUGCAGGUCACUCGCCCUGGUGGAUCACGUGGGUCAGAUCUGUGUGAAUGUGACCUACAGCAAUGACCUUGGGGACACUUCUUCAGCUGCCUACAAUGGCUUCAAGAAUGAAAUUGUGGCAGAUGCUUACUCCUACGUCUCAUGCGCUAUCCAUUCUUUUGUCACUCUCACCAUUGACUCAGCCGCCGAGGAUGCGAUGUGUGCUAACGGAACUGUGCUAUCAUUUACGAUCAAAACCUACCCAGACACUACAAUGGAUGCAUGUGCGAUGGAAACGUCCAUAGAUGCGUACCGGGCUGAGAUCGGAGCCACACACCCUGUGAAUUACAUCAAAAUGUCCGACUGUGAUGAUGACGAUGACAAAGGAAGUCUGGCAACAGAAACGUCCGCACCGACUGUACUGCUUGCGCUGGUCUUGUUGGUUUCUUCCGUCUUCUCUCCCAAGAUGAUGUCAGAGCUUCAGGCCUAAAUCAACAAUAAAGCAAACAUUAAAAAUCAAAAUAUUUGAACCCCAAAGCUAUUGAGAGUCAAUUAUCUUCAAAUUCGAAUUCAGUUUCAAAUUUGAACCAAUCGACGGAAUACGCCACUUUUAAUAUAUAAAUAGCUUGUUAUAAACAAAUGAAUAAAUAGCUUUAUUACAACUGAUUAGAUCUAAGUUGUCCAGCUUGAGAAUAUUUUUACUAAUGAGUGAAGAUAACUUUCCCUUGAAUUUAGAAACAAUUAAAUGACUUUAAUGCUUGA